CACCAAAGUGAUGCGGGCACGGCGGGGUACCGACUGGAGUUCAUCUCGAAAUCCUGAGCAUAUGCGCAUCCGCAGUUCCUUGCUCAUCUCACAGUAAAAAUGGCACCCCAAUUCGAGCCCAUGAAGAAUGAUCUCAUCCUACGGACAGCGAGAGGCGAGAAAGUCGAGCGUCCGCCCAUAUGGGUAAUGCGUCAAGCUGGACGCUAUCUUCCUGAAUACCAUGAGGCGAAGGGCAAGAACGAUUUCUUCGAGUGCUGCCGUAGCCCCGAAAUCGCCUCAACCCUCACCCUCCAGCCCAUCGAGCGCUACGAAGGUCUGAUUGAUGCUGCCAUCAUCUUCUCCGAUAUUCUCGUCAUACCACAAGCAAUGGGAAUGGAGGUGAUAAUGGUGGACAAGAAGGGUCCUCACUUCCCCGACCCACUCCAGACACCGGACGACCAGCAGUACAAGGAAGUCCUCGAGAGAGAUGUAGACGUAAAGGAGUCGCUGGACUACGUGUACAAAGCUAUCACCUUGACAAGGCAAAAGUUGGCUGGAAGGGUACCGCUGAUUGGGUUCUGUGGCGCGCCUUGGACGCUCCUGUGCUAUAUGGUAGAAGGAGGUGGCAGCAAGAUGUUUAUUCAAACCAAAACCUGGAUAUACAAGUACCCAGAAGAGAGCAGGGCGAUGCUGCAGAAGAUUGCAGAGCUAUGCGUAGAGUACUUGGCCCUUCAAGUGCAGGCUGGAGCACAAAUGAUCCAAGUCUUCGACUCGUGGGCCGGCGAGCUAUCGCCAUCCUCAUUCAAGACUUUUGCCCUCCCGUACCUGAACUACAUUGCCGAUAACCUACCUGCGCGCCUGGAGUCUAAGGGUCUUGAACCUGUUCCAAUGACCGUGUUCGCGAAAGGGGCGUGGUACGCGUUGUCUGACCUGUGCGACUCGAAUUAUAACACUAUUGGUUUGGACUGGUUACAUGCUCCAGCUGAGGCCUACAAGGUCGCUCGGGCGAAGGGGAAGACGCUGCAAGGCAACGCUGAUCCUGGUGUACUCUACGGCACUAGGGAGUCUAUUACCAAGGUAGUGGAGGAUAUGGUUGCAGGAUUCGGUGGAGGCAAACAGGGCUGGAUCGCCAAUCUGGGUCAUGGAAUAACACCAUUCGUAAAGCCAGACGACCUGAAGUUCUACUUUGAGGAGAUACACCGACUAACGUCUUCAUAAAGAAAUGAUUUAAAUUUUACGGGGGAUAUUUCCCACAAGUGACCUCAUUUGUCUUCUUCGCCAAUGUCUUCGUACCAAUCCUCUGGCUUCUCCUUGAUAAAUUUCUUCAUUAGGUCCUGACAUUCGUCGUUCUGCAGAACAACAACCUCAAUACCCUUGCUCUUUAGAUACUCCUCACCACCCACAAAGGUCUUGUUCUCCCCGAUUACCACCCUCUUUACCUUGUACAUGACACA